AUGAAACUCGCGCACCAUUCGUUUGCAUUCCUUGUCACCGCCGUCAGCGCAAGCAGCGCCCCGGCGGUAGUUCAAGUGCGUAACGGCACGUACACUGGCCUCGUCCAAGAUUCGUUUGACCAGCACCAUUUCCUGGGCAUUCCAUAUGCGCAGCCUCCUGUUGGAGCGCUCCGCUUCAAACCACCACAGUCGCUGAGCUCCUCGUGGUCUGGAUCUCGUAAUGCAGCCGCAUAUGCUCCGGCCUGCUGGUCGCCAACCCGCGACAACUUGCCGCCUGGAAGUGAGAUGUCAGAAGACUGUUUGGCCAUCAACGUCGUGCGACCUGCUGGCGUCAAGGCAAAUGAUGAGUUGCCCGUGGCUGUCUGGAUUCAUGGUGGCGGCCUCGUCGAUGGUAGUUCGUCCGAAUCGAGCUAUAAUCUGUCCUUCAUUGUCAACAAGUCCGUUGAGAUGGGCACACCCAUCGUUGCUGCCAGUUUCAACUAUCGUCUGAACGGCUGGGGGCUUCUCUAUGGAAACUUGCUGCAUGAAGAGGGUUCGUCUCACCUGGGCUACCGUGACCAGCGUCUUGCGCUACAUUGGUUGCAGGAGAAUAUUGCCGCCUUUGGUGGCGAUCCUGAACAGGUCACUAUCUUUGGCGAGAGUGCGGGAGCGUGGAGUGUUGGCGCGCAGCUGCUGGCUCACGGCGGGCGAGACGAUGGUUUGUUUCGCGGUGCCGUCAUGCAGAGCGGCGCGCCCGUCUGGCCAGAACCGAAUGGCCCAAUCUUUGCCGACGACUGGGAGCCUUAUUAUCAGCACAUCGUCAGUCAAACGGGCUGUGCAAAUACGACGGACACACUCUCGUGCCUGAGGGAUGUGCCCGCUGGCAAACUCACAAAAGCCUUUGAGGCGCCCCUGGAAGGAUUCAGUCGUGACUGGGGCCAUGUCGUUGACGGUGACUUUUUCGAGACAACCACCCAGAAACAGAUUGCAGAGGGCAAGCUCCCUCGUGUUCCCCUCCUCAUGGGAAUCAACACUGAUGAAGGAACAUCGUUUGCUCAGCAGGGUAUUAACACGGACGAUGAGUUUCUCAACCUGGUGAGAGCAACGGGCGUCGAUGAAGACGGUGUUCGUGAGCUGGCAAAACUAUACCCCGAUGACCCGGCGGUCGGUACGCCUGCAACUCUCCAUGGACGGCCUUCAGGCGAUCUGGCUUACCUCGGCGCUCAGUACAAGCGCGUAGCCGCCUUUGCAGGUGAUCUGAUUAUGCACGGCCCUCGCCGUCUCAUGACUGAUGCCCUAGCCAAGACAGGCGCCACGCUGUAUAGUUAUCACUUCAAUGUGACCACUGAUGGACCACAUAUGGGUGCUACACACUUUGCUGAAGUUCCCUUCGUCUUCAAUAGUAUCGAGCAGCAGGGAGGAAGUGAAGUUCCUAAACACUCCAAGGAGCUAGCCAAUAUAAUGAGCAGAAUGUGGAUCAGUUUCUUCAUCAACUUGGACCCCAACUACAACGAAGUAUCCUGCCUAAAGUGGCCUCUAUUCGAAGAACCCAGCCGCACUAACUUCGUUUUUGAUGUGCAUAAGAAAGGGAAUGGGUAUCUCGAGAAGGAAACUCUAGGCGUGCGCGAGGAGGCUAUUAAGGGACUAAUUAAGCGUAUGUAUCCCCUCGACUUGGCUUAA